GGCUGAUAUAAGUGAGUCUUGAUAUUUCAAGAAAGCGACGACUAACGGCACCCUCAGUUGACGAAUACGGACCUAAACAAAUGGAAGAUUUUGAGAAAAUGAAGGUCCUUCCGAGCGACGUUUCACAACCGAAAGUCGAGCAAAGUCAAUCGCCAUUUCAAUGGCUUGAUGAGAUGUUGUUUGGAUGGUCUACAACGAAAAGAUCUACGGAUUCGCAACCUGAUUCACGGACUGAUGAUGUAGGCUCAAAAGAACAGGUGAACAAACCACCUACGAAUGUUUUAGAAGAGGGUGAUUUCGACACCGUCGUAUCCUUCCUCGAUACGUCUAUAACGAAAAAGAAAAAUAACUAAGAGUUAUUUGUAAUUGUUUAUUGUUUUGUUUUUAGCAUUUUGCAUUAUUUUGACUGGCUUAUCUUGUGUCAUCAUCAAUGCCGCUGAAGUUAGCACAUCAUAAAUCUUACCACCCGUAUAACGCUGCUAACAUCGAGCGUGUGCGUAAAGACGAAGAGAAAGCCCACCUUGAACGUGAAUUGGAAGUAUCAAUAAACAAUAGCAAUGAAUCAAAGAACAGAUUAGAUAAAUUGCGCAAUAAACCAACUAAUCCUGAUAAUAGAGAACACAGAUCUGAGCAUAUAAACUUCUGGUCAGAUUUGGAGAAAUCAGCGAACGAAAAGGGUAAAGCAAAGGAUGAAUUCCCAGAUAUGCAGCUUCAGAGACCCUCCGCGAGGUGGUAUGACAGUCAGGACGACAGAGCCCACGCCCGAGAUGCAGAACCUCAGAGGAAGCGUUUCAGGAAUGACAAAGACGGCGACACUAAACUCAAAGAUACACAAGAUCCGCUGAAUAUCAUGAAAGAAGCAACCCAUGAGCUUGACAAACGCUCUAAAGUUUCCAAACCCAUACGCAACUCGCACAAGAUGUCCAAACGAGAGAGGAGGGAAGAGAAAGAGAGACAGCGUGCACGUCAGUUGUAGUUAUUCUUAAGUUUACAGUAUUGUAUUUCUAGAUCCAUACAAG